AUGGAAGCAUUUCUACACAAGAUAGCAAUAUUGCAUACAUUUCUUGGGUUCUUUCUACUUUUAUCAGGUUUUGGUUCUGUAAGAAAAAUAGAAUCCCUCGGCAUUAAUUAUGGUCAAGUGGGCAACAAUUUACCACCCCCUGGUGAAGUUCUCGAGCUCCUGCACUCCCUUAGGAUAACAAAAGCCCGAAUUUACGACACGAAUCCUCAUGUUUUGUCAGCAUUUGCCAACUCCAACGUAGAACUCAUGGUGACAGUUGAAAACCAAGUCCUAACAACCUUAAUGGAUCAACAACAAGCACUUCAAUGGGUUGGAACCCAUAUUAGGCCUUAUUUUCCGGCAACGAGGAUCACCGGAAUUGCUGUGGGAAAUGAACUUUUCACCGGCGGUGACAUGACACUAAUAACUAACGUUGUACCAGCCAUGAUGAGCAUUCGCGCAGCUUUAGUGAAAUUGGGGUUAGAUCAAUAUAUUCAGGUUACAACACCUCAUUCUUUAGCAGUUCUUGCGGCAUCAUAUCCACCUUCGGCUGGAACUUUCCAAUCCGGACUCACUGGCGUAAUGACGCAAAUUUUAAAGUUUUUGGCAGAUACAAAGGCUCCAUUUUUGAUCAAUGCCUAUCCUUAUUUUGCAUACAAAGAUGAUCCCAAUAGGAUUCCUAUAGAUUAUGUAUUGUUCAACCGUAAUCCCGGAAUGGUCGAUCCUUACACGAAACUACAUUAUGACAACAUGCUGUAUGCUCAAGUGGAUGCAGUGAUAUUUGCCAUGGCUAGACUAGGGUUUCAAGGGAUUGAAGUCAGGGUUUCAGAAACAGGGUGGCCAUCAAAGGGUGAUCCAGAUGAAAUCGGGUCGACGGUCCAAAAUGCCGGUAUAUAUAAUCGGAAUUUGAUGAGAAGGCAGUUAAAAAAUGAGGGGACACCGUUAAGGCCUACCGCGAGACUUGAAGUUUAUGUUUUUGCAUUGUUUAAUGAAGACAUGAAGCCCGGCCCCACAUCGGAGAGAAAUUACGGACUGUUCCAGCCCGACGGAACGAUGGUAUACAAUGUCGGGAUUUCUGCCUUAUCGAGUACCCCAUCAACUUCAACUUCAUCUGCGACUAUUUCUCUCACUUCAAAUGCCGCCCAGGAGGGAAUGGGAUAUAAAAGCUUGGCGUACUCAAUAUUUCUAUAUUUGCUGGUCUUCAUAGUUUUUUAUGAGAAGACAAGAAACUGUUAA